UGCGAUCGACUGCGAGAAUCUGGAUGCGAUGCCGAAAAACGAGCAUAUCGGCACACUGAAUUUCAUGAGCGUGAACAACCUCGAGGGCAACAGCAACACGCGCACUGAGCUCGACGACUGGGAGGCUCUGAUAUAUGUCUUGGUGUGGCUUGGGACAUUUGGACUCAAUGGCAUGUCUAGACAUAACAGUGACACAGAUGAGCACAGAAGAAUUGCAGGUGCUAAAAUCAAGUAUUGGGUUGACGGCAAAACAUUGGAGGACAUUUCCAGAUUUAAGCGCGGCGAUUUGGACAACAGUUCCAGUUUUAAAUCCAUUAUCAACGAUUUUGAUAGUAGGGUGGAUCAUAUCAAUGUCCUUGCAGGGUUGUUGAGUAUGAUGCGUGGUACUCUAAUCGACAAUGCAGGAUGCAGCGAGGAUGGCAGGGGCGCAAAUAUGAAACAAUCUUUUAACCAUGGCAAUUGUGAAUCAUCUGCCUCGAAAGUCACGCCUGGUUCGUUUCCUCCAUUAUCCAAAUUUGCAUUGGCAAUUAAACGGCGAGGUGCUAUGAACACUCCAAUGGUUGAUCCGUUUAAGGUGCGCACUGACAUGGCACCAACUAUUGCCAAAGAGCUGUUGGCCAUUUUGGGGAAUAUUGCUGAGUAUUGCCAAGAAUUGUUGAACAAGGCAGGAACUGAGAGAAACGAGACAAACACAACAAACUAGUUCAUUUGUUUAUUUUUUAGGAAUGCUAAUUUUG